CAUGUUCUCAAUCCACUCUCCAGCUGUAGUUGCUCAGCAGGUGUUUUUUCCCUUGUUAACUUUGUUUUUGCAGAGGUGCUGCCACCAUCCCUGAUGGGCUUGGACUUGUCCUGCAGCAGAUCUAUCCUGGGAGCAACUGGCAUUGGCCCUGUUAACAUUGGGAAAUCUUACAGCAGCUUCUCACUGAAGCCACUCCUGUAGCCCCAUCACUACUAAAACCCUGACACACAAUGGCCGUGUUAUAAUGCAUGGAAGUAAUGAAGCCUUUAAUUGAUGAAGAAGACUCAGAUGGCAUUUCAGAUGAAGAGCAUGAGAAUGCUUUCCUGCCAGUUAAGACGCACUACCAGCUUGAUAAUGAAGAAGGCAUUACGUUUAUGCAAACACUGACUCACCUCCUCAAGGGAAACAUUGGAACUGGGCUUCUCGGUCUUCCGCUUGCAAUAAAAAAUGCUGGCAUUGUGGUUGGACCAAUCAGCCUUGUGUUCUUAGGAGUUAUAUCUGUUCACUGUAUGCACAUCUUGGUACGUUGCAGCCACUGUCUGUGUCAGAGGGUGAAGAAGUCCUCCUUGGGAUAUAGUGAUACAGUUAGCUGUGCAAUGGAAGUAGGGCCCCUAGCUGCUCUUCAGAAACGAGCUUCCUGGGGCCGGUAUAUUGUAGACUUUUUCCUAGUGAUAACACAGCUGGGAUUUUGUGGCGUUUAUGUUGUGUUCUUGGCAGAAAAUGUGAAACAAGUCCAUGAAGGAUUCUUGGAAAGUAAGAUUGCUUCUAUGAAUGCUAGUACCACUGGCAGUUCCUCUGAGAAAAGGAAUACUGAUUUACGAAUAUACAUGCUGUGCUUCCUGCCUUUCCUGGUCCUCCUGGUCUUCAUUCGUGACCUUAAGAGCUUGUCCUUGCUUUCAUUGCUUGCCAAUCUGUCCAUGGCUGUCAGCCUGGUGAUUAUUUACCAGUAUAUUGUUAGAGAUCUAGCAGAUCCUCGAAAACUGCCUCCUGUGGUUGGCUGGAAGAAAUACCCACUGUUUUUUGGGACGGCAGUAUUUGCUUUUGAAGGAAUCGGUGUGGUGCUGCCAUUGGAAAACAGGAUGAAGGACAGCACACGUUUCCCCCAGGCACUGAACAUUGGGAUGGGAAUAGUCAUGGCAUUGUACAUCUCACUGGCCACCCUAGGGUAUCUGCGCUUUGGGGAUGAAGUCAAAGGCAGCAUAACUUUAAACCUGCCACAGGACAAGUGGUUGUAUCAGUCUGUAAAAAUUCUGUACUCCUUUGGGAUUUUUGUGACGUAUUCAAUUCAGUUCUACGUCCCUGCAGAGAUUCUCAUUCCAGUUGUCACUUCCAGAGUGAAGCAGAAGUGGAAGUUACUCAGUGAGCUUGUGGCAAGAGCACUAUUAGUCUGCUCAACCUGUGCACUAGCAGUUCUGAUCCCUCGCCUAGACCUGGUGAUUUCUUUCGUUGGAGCCGUCAGCAGCAGCACUCUGGGACUGAUUCUGCCACCUCUAGUUGAAAUCCUCACUUUCUACAAGGAAAACUUAAGUUUAUGGACAAUAUUUAAAGAUGUGUUUAUAGCUGUUGUUGGAUUUGUUGGAUUUUUAACGGGGACGUAUGUGACGGUUGAAGAAAUCAUUUAUCCGGCAUCCACAGUUCUUGCUAAUGCAACAGGAAGCUUUCCUGCAGAUUUAAAUGCUACAGACUUUGUGGUUGGGUUAAAGUAAUUAACCAGGCACUGUGAACUAUUUUGUUCCUUAACAAGAAAUUCUUGACUCAGGACCUGUUUUCAACUACUGGUACUGUGUAAAGAGGUACAAUUUGUAAGAGAUGUAGGAUAUACAUGUGAAAAUACAUUAUUUUUUUAGAAAGUAAUUAUAUAUCUCUUCUGGAAUUUGAAUGAAAAGUUACAAGAUUUUGUUUUGUUCAUCAAAGCAAUAUUACUUUCAUGCAAAAACAUUCAACAUCACACAUCAUAAGCAAUUUAUUUUUGUAUGUUUUGGUAACUGUUACCCUGACCCAUUUUUUACACAGUUUCCUUAUCCUUGAUUUCAACUAUACAAAAGUAUGAAAUACUGUAUUUUUAAUUAUCUGUGGCUAGAAGUCUGUAGACUACAUAUCUAUAUUUCUAUUGGAACAUAUAAUAAUUAUUUUUGCAUUCUUAUGUUCUGCCUUAUGUAGUACCUAACAUGCCCUUUACAUAUUUUUGCUUCUUUUGUCUAUUUUGGAAGAAAAAA